AGUCUGAUGCGCAGAAGCAUCCAUAUUAAAGUAACAUAGACAUAAACUACUUCCGAGUUGUAUACCAGGAAUAAAACUCGCUCGCGGAGUUUUCAUCUCUCCAUUACUGACUUCACCAUGGCGAUUGAAAUACCGAGUUCCACAUAUGUCAAGCUUGCCUUGCUGUGUUUUGUCGUUGGAUUUGUGAUUCAGAUUGUAGCAUUUGCUUCUCCCUACUGGUUCCAGGGGGACAACAUCCACGGCGGCCUGUGGCUGGUGUGCGGGGAUGGGGCCUGUGAUGCGAUCCCCGACAAUAUGCCUGGUGUAUUCCACUGGGUGCAGGCUUUGGAGGCUAUUGCGCUUAUAUUCAGUUUACUGGCUAUUGGCAUAGUGACGUGGUACCUGUGCGGCCCCUGCCCUUUCAGGAUAAGACUGUGUCAGUCCUUCUUUGUCACAGCAGGUGCCUUGACAAUAAUCGGAGCGGUCACAUUCCUUGCGAAGAUCAUCGAUGACAAAGCAUGGGCAGUUUACCUUGAGUUUCCCGCAGGAGUUGGAAUCCUGCUGGCGGGAUUCUUGUCUUUCUUGGAGUACAAAAGACUUCUCAACACCAGCGAGUACCAACCUGUCUCCUAGACUCCUAAGACAAAGGAAUAUAAGAAUACAGUAACUUGUCCCACCUCAUUUAUCCGGACGGUACUGUUCCUAGAAAAUUGAGUGCACUAAAAACAUUGUUCAUAUAUAUUAAAUUCCAAACGUGAUGAUCUGUUAGACUAGGUGUACGGUUGUCAGGUGUGAGGUUGAACUGUUUAUUCAAUUGCAGGUUAUUACACUGUGAAUUAAGGUGUCUUAUUCCGUGUCUUAAUAUUGCGAGAGUGGAUAAGUAGAUUUAGGAUAUCAAUAUCAUGAGUGAGUGAGUAUGGUUUAACGCCGCUUUUAGCAAUAUGACAGCAAUAUCACGGCGGGGGACACCAGAAAUGGGCUUCACACAUUGUACCCAUGUCGGGAAUCGAAUCCGGGUCUUCGGCGUGACGAGCGAAAGCUUUCACCACGAGGCUCUCCUGAUACAAGUGUAUCAUACUCAGUACUCUUCUUUAGGUUGGGAACGUCUUGUAGCAUACUCCGGAAGCUAACGUUUCUUCGUAGGAAACUAACACCGAACCUUUCAAAUAUAUAGUUACGUCACUGAUUGUUUGCCAUUAAGGUGAGGUGAGGUGAGGUGAGGUGGCGUGUAACAUAGCGCGCAGGAUUAUUGCACUAAUAUAGCGACAUGUAUUCACGUGUGUGGCUGCUUGUGCUUGUCUGGACUAGCUAUACUGGGUUAUUCCAGUUAAACAUGGGAUCUCAGUGGAUUAGCACUUAAAAAAUGGACUAGAACAAGUAAGCACGCACGGACGCACGGACGCACGGACGCACGCACGCACACCUAUAUAAGUGCAAUAAUCUUGAACGCUACGUAAAAGCCCAUUUCGUCUCACCUCACCUUACCCUCGGGUUCACUCUAGUCUGUUUGUUUGUUUGUUUGUAUGUUUGUAUGUUUGUUUGUACAUAUCUUUGUAACACAAUGUACACAUUUUCCUAUAAAUAUGUCAUUGGAUUCA